CAAACUGUAGUAUACACUGUAGUAUACUUAAAAAUUUGCCUUAGUAAGCUUCAAAAAGACUAUAUAUAGUAUCUAUGAAUUUUACCACAAUUUACUGUAGCAAAUACUAUAGUAAACCACAGUAUUUUUUCAUGGGGUAACCACCAUUAAUAACAUAAUUCUUUAGUAUUUUAGUUUUUCGGAACGGACAAAUUUAUUCCGUUUUUAUUGUCAGCCUCAAUAUUUAUUUUCAAUAUGCAUAAUGAGUUUUGUCUGACUGUCUUUUUUUCUGUCUUUGGCCAGCUCAGGCAUAACACAAGCUUGUAAGUUAUUGGCAUUCUGUUAUUUCACAAUUUACUGCAUUAAUUGACCUCAAAUAUAAAUGUUCAGGUCUCAUAACAGUUACAAAAUUAGGAUCACAGCAGUUAACCUUUCAUUUUUGCUUUUGGUGCUUUUCAUUUUUUUCCUGUGACCCGUAUAACCAGGACACUUUGCUGGUUGAACUUUCUUGUAAUUAAAAGUUCACUAACUAAAUAAGCUGAGUGCAGAAGCAUGUUAAAAUUUAAUUUCUGUAAGCAUGUGUUCUACAAACGCCAAUAGCUCAAAUGAAUUACUCUGACAUUUGGAUCAAUGAACAACAUAUUUACCCUCAAAGGUCACCGAGCAAUGUAGGGCUCUAUGUCACUCACAUUUAAAUGAAUUGAAGACGUCUUCCGAGAUACAUCCAUUGGACCUGUAGCUUUCAGAAAGAAUGGUUGAUGCCAAGUUGGAACUUCAGGACAUGGAGAAAUCUUUGAUGAAACAAUCAGCCGUAAGAGAGCUGAACCUCUACGAGCGAAUCUUUCAGCCGUGUGUAGCCGAGUUGGUGGGCACGACCUUCUUUGUGUUCAUAGGAUGCGUGUCUGUCAUUGAAGACGUGGAGGCUGCGGGCAGACUUCAGCCUGCGUUGGUUCAUGGCCUUGCCUUGGCGGUAUUGAUUGCAUGCAUGGCAGAGAUCAGUGGGUCGCAUUUCAAUCCAGCAUUCACCGUCGCUGUGUACCUCUGUGGUGGGAUGCAGGUGAAGAUGGUGGUACCGUAUCUGGUCUCUCAGAUCACGGGGGGUUUGCUGGGCGCAGCCAUGGCCAAAGGCAUGACCUCAACAGAAAACUAUGCCAAAGCUCAAGGUGCUGCAUUCACAGUCCUUCAGUCAGAAAAUCAGAUUAUGAAGGCAUUAUUCGGUGAAACCGCUAUGACGUGUUUGAUUACCAUAGUGGUGUUACUGGGAGCAGUGAAUGGCAAGAGUAAAAGUCCGUUGGUGCCGUUUCUGGUGGGCUGUACACUCAUUAUUAAUGUGCUAGCAGGGAGUGAUGUGUCUGGUACCUGUCUGAAUCCUGCAAGAGCUUUGGGACCUGCGGUGAUGACCAACUACUGGACUCUACACUGGGUUUACUGGGUCGGUCCCAUUGCUGGUGCACUUAUUGCAGCUGCAUUAGUCAGACUUUUGCUUGGAGACAAUAAUAUGCGCCUCCUGAUGAAGUGACACAUACUAAAUACAUGUAUUUAAGCAGAUCGUCCCCUUUUUUUUCAACAACACCUGCUCAAUUUUAUUUCACAACUGCAUGUAUUAGACUGAAUUAAAGAGAACUUUUAGGGGAAAUGUAUGUAUUUUUUGCACUGAAUAAAAUUCAUGAAAAGGUUUUAAUAUUAAGAAUUACAGUUUAUGCCUUUAUAUUUGCAAGAACUGCAUUUCUUUGGCAGUUAAAAUUAAUCUUAAUCUCAGAUCUCAGUUUAAUCCUGCAGAUUUCUGGCAAAUGUCAUCAUUUAAAAAAAUUUAAACAUAUCACAUCAAACAUUUAUGGAAUGCAAUCAGUUUUAAAUGGAAUUGAAACAUGUUCAUAUUAGUAACCAAUUAAAAUCUAAAUGUUCAAUAAUGAAUAUGUUUGUUGUAUGCACAUUCAUUUUUGCGUCCACUAUACUGCAAAUGACUGGUAUAAUUUAUUAAAAUGCUACAAAAGCCCUUUUUGUGAAUACUUUUAACAUUUGGUAAAAACAACAUUAAUAGGCAGAAACAUGAUCAGAUUGAUGUAUAACUUACUACAGCUUCAUCAAGCCAUUAACAACUAAACUGUCUCAUACUUUAGAUAACACAGGUUAUACAUAAACAGAAUGUAACUUUUUAGAAUUUUGGAAACCUUUAAAGCCACAAUGUCAAAGGUGAUGACCCUCGCAUAUCCAUCACUGCAUGUAAUUCAUCACCUAGGAAAUUAUUCAGCAGUUAGUUAAAGGUUAUUCUUCCUUUAACUUAAUGAGGUAAACAGAUUGUUGAUAACAUAUAACUUAUCUGAUAACAGAUUUUAAGUAAUUUGUGCAAUUAAAAAAUAAGUAUAUGUAAUUGCAAAUAUUAAAGUAAUGUUUAAUGACACUCAUAUAUAGGCUACAUUUACAUUACAUAAUCCUCUUGCAUGCAUUAAAGUCUAUAAAGUAAUCAUUUUGUUACCGUUAUUAGGGAAUGUAAAUAUAAGGUGUUGACUGCUCUUACAGUAAGUUUAAUAUAUUUCUGCUUUUGUCUUUCUUGGAAAGUUUAAAUAAACUCGCGGAUAUACCAGAAUAAUAAUGUUACAAAUUUACAACUAUGAUAUCGCAAAAAACCUUUCAUUCCCAAUAUUAUUAAUAGCAAAUCUCCAGCACAGUGUUUUUCUUAAGACAAUUGAAAGGUUUCCUUAAGAAUAACAACAAAAAAUAAUUAUUUGAAUUUAAUUUAAUAUUUUAAAGUCGAAAAUGCCACAAUGCCCUGUAUUUACUUAAAAAGUCGAUUUUUUUAAACAAACGAAAACAAAAAGGACAUUUAAGUGUUUUAAAUAUUGACUCACCACUCUGUGAUCGUAAAAUGUUUAACGAAAGGAUGUCCGUGGCGGCCGGAAAAUGGGUUAAGUAUAGGCUCUAUCAAGUUCAUGGCGACAUCUUGUGGCUUUUUGUGAACUUAAUCGUUUUGAUUAGUGUUCUAUUACUCUAAAAAAAAAAACGAAAUUUCAGAUUCGAUUUUUAAUAACCCGCUUUGUAUUUAACAAAAUUAUUAUUAUCGGAUGACCCACUUUAAGUUUUAGUUUUUUCGUAAAUAAAAUGUAUUUCUUUACUAAUUUUACUGCCGUUCCUUCGGCACUCGUGUGCGCUAUAAUAUGCAUUGUAUAAAAUAUAACGAUAAUACUCCAUAAACAAAAUUAUAUUUAUAAAGAUUGUAUUCCUUUUUCAAGGCCUACAGCUUGUCUGCAUUGAUAAGACGCAAAAUUAUGUAAAGCAUCAAAUGCAAAUCACAGAGAAGUUUAAAACCUAGGCUACGCCACAUCUUCGUCAAAAAAUGUAAAUAAAUAAAAGACGACCAAAAAAGUGUAAAUAAAGUGCAUGCGAUUACAUAUAAAUUAAUCUUGUUAAAAUAACUAAAAAUGUUUCUA